AAAAAAAACAAAAAACGUUCAACUCCAGAAUGAAGAAAACCACCUUCUUCAUAAAACAAGUAUUAUCUUCUUCUUUUUCAACACGUACUAAAACCAUGUCUUCAUCUCCUUCUCUCAUAAUCUCUACUCCGAAAACUACGACUUUCUCGACAGCAACAACAAAAUCUCCUCGGUUUCUCUCAAUCAAUAACUGCAAGGAGUCACUGGUUCCAUUUCUAUUAAGCUCCAAUUUUUCUUCAUUCUCCCCACUUUCAAAGGUGCAGAAGAGAUUAAGAGUAGGAGUUUUGGAGAGACAAAGUGAGAGUGAGAUAAGUUCAAUAGGAAGAAGUAUGAUGAUUAUGAAUCGCGGUAUGCCUUUGAUGAUGACUAUAAUUGUAGCUUCACUUUGUUCAUCAACAACAACUGUAUAUGCAACUUCUGGAUCUGGAUCUUCUUCUGAGGCUGCAUUUAUUGACAAGACUAUCUCUUCUCAUAACAUUGUUAUCUUCUCUAAGUCUUAUUGCCCAUACUGUAAGAGGGCGAAAGCUGUUUUCAAAGAGUUGAAUCAAACACCUCAUGUCAUUGAAUUGGACGAACGAGACGAUGGGUACGAUAUUCAAGGUGCACUUGGCGAGAAACUUGGCAGGCGAACUGUACCACAAGUUUUUGUUAAUGGAAAACACAUAGGUGGCUCAGACGAUACCCUUGAUGCUUAUGAAAGUGGAGAAUUAGCCAAGCUUCUUAAUAUUGCCAAAGAGGAACUUUGAACCAGUAGAAUACCGGAGUUAUUGCAGAUUUCUGCUGCAAGUGCAACUCACAAGGCUCUCUAUAAAAAGUCCUACAGUAGGCAUAAUUAAUGAAUACAAGACUCCCGUUCUCUUUUUAGUUUUGAUAUUGAUAUUUUGAAUUCAAGCGGUUGUCAUCUUUUAGUUGUGUUACGUUCAUACAGGGAUUUAUAUCUUUUGUACGGGAAAGAAAAUUCAGAAUAAAAUAGGUGUACUUGAAUAAGGUUGAUCAUUUGUUGUUUGGUUUA